CUCAACAACGCAAGCAAGGGAAACAUAAAACCCUAAUCUUAUCUUCCAAUGACGACAAGACAGUCCAUCAAUGGCGACGGAGACAACAACUCCAUCUUCUCUACACCUCUCUCCGCUCGUGGUUCAACCAAACGUAACGCCAUCUCCAAUCGAAUCAGAGUUCUCAAACUACAUAGAUCUUGACAAAUACAACGACGAAGAUGAAGAUCUCAAGAUCCUCUGUUUCACACCAAUCUCUUUAGAAAACGGACAGUCUUCGUCUUCCUCGUCCACUCGACGCACCUUCGACUGCGAGAUAUGUGUUGAACGCAAACCAAAGAUUGAGUCUUUUCGAAUCAAUGGAUGCUCUCACUCGUACUGUAACGAUUGUGUCUCGAAAUAUAUAGCUGAUGAGAGUGGAGAGAAGAUAAAUGAAUCGGAGUGCCCUCACUGCCAUAGAAUGAUGUGUGUUGAGUGCGGGACUAAGUGGCAUCCGGGGAUAGCAUGUGAGGAGUUUCAGAAGUUAGCCGAGAACGAAAGAGGUAGAGAUGAUAUAUUGUUGAAGAAGAUGGCUGAGGAUCAGAAUUGGAGAAGAUGUCCUUCUUGCAAAUUCUACAUUGAAUUGAUUGAAGGUUGCUCUACCAUGAUGUGCAGAUGUGGGUUGGAAUUUUGCUACGAGUGUGGAACUCCAGCCGAUGACCACUCUCAUUAUUGUGAAAAUUUCCAUUGAUAUUAUUAGCAUUGUGUGUCUAAUUCUAUCAUUUGAACCAAGUUUUGUUCUUAUGAAUACAUCUUUAAUGAUGUAUGACACAACAAAACUCUCAUGGUGAAAGAUGUAACCCAAUUCUCCCCUUGGAAAAACGCAUAUAUCCUUUAAGAUUUCAUGCAUUUAUCAACA